AUGCAGUUUCAUUACAUGGCUCCGUGGAUUCCCUGCUUUACGUCUGCCAUCGAGGGCGAGUUGGCGGCAAAAGACCAUAAACCACCUUUCACGCUGUUCCAAUUUGCAUCGGUGGACACAGAUGGUUUUCCUCAUAACAGAACUGUGGUUUUCCGUGGUUUUCUCUUUGAUAAUAAGAGUAAUAAUGUCUUGACGUUUUGCACAGACAAACGUAUGGGCAAGUACGAGGAGUUGCUUCACAAUGACAAAUUUGAAGCGGUGUUUUACUUUGAAAAAGUCAAGAAACAGUUCCGGUUCCGCGGCCGUGCCAAGAUCAUCGACGAUAACCACUCGCCCAACUUGGACUUGACUGUCAUCCAGCCUAAGCAUAUCAUCGCUAGCAGCAUGAAUUCGGAGGAUUCCUCGGACGAAGACGAGGACUCCGAAAGUGAGCUUCGCAUUACUGUUGCCUCGUCUCGAUCAUCUGCGUCUCCCUCCGAAGACCUCGACGUUUCGCCGCAACAAAGACCCAUUCAUUUCCCCAUAAUUUCGCCGUCAUUGUUGCUGAACAUCCAGCAAGAAAACUCAGCCAUUUCGUUCUCAUACCCCAAUUUACACGAGCUUAGUGGCAUAGACUUCAAGCCUCCCACUAAGGAAGAGUGGGAUGGUGAGAUUGCUAGAGUGUGGAACUCUCUUUCCAAGGGACUCAAGCUGUCGUUUAGAAGACCUGCACCAAUGCUGCCAGUUACUGAUGAAAACCAUAAUCUCAUGGACAAGAUCAGCCGAGGUGUGGACGGGAAAAAGGAAGAAAGUGGCAUGAAAAACUUUGCUGUAGUAGCCAUGUUUAUUGACCAAGUCGACUACUAUGAGAUGGAGAAAGAGCGCAGGUAUAUCUAUGUUAAGGACGACACCCAUCUCUGGAGCGAACAAGAGGUAUGUCCUUAA